AUGGGACUCACUAUCCAUAAAUCACUGUUUUGUUUUUUCUUUUUUACAUCAAUAUUUUUCGUAUUGUCUUGGUUUCUCGUAUUAAGAUCGACUGGCCGGCCUCUCUUUGAUGGUAUAGUACCAAAUUCCAGGCUACUUGCAAAGGCUGACACUGAGAUUUCUGAUGAAACACCACAAACUAAUGUUUCAACGCUCAAAGAAGAAGAAGGAUCACAAAAUCUGAAUUCGAAUAACUGUGAUUCUAACAAGCAAGUUCUCAAGGUUUUUAUGUAUGACUUGCCCCCAGAAUUUCAUUUCGAGCUAUUAGGUUGGACGGGUAAGAGUAUUUGGCCAGAUAUUCGUGCUGCGGUCCCUGAAUACGCUGGUGGAUUAAAUUUGCAGCAUAGUAUAGAAUAUUGGCUUACAUUGGAUCUUUUGAACUCAGAAUUUACGGAGAAUUUGAGUGAAAAAAGUGCAAUACGAGUUAGGAAUUCGAGUGAAGCUGAUGUUAUUUUUGUUCCCUUCUUUUCGUCUAUAAGCUUUAACCGGUACUCAAAGCUUAAACCCAAUCAGAAAAAGAGUACAGAUGUUUUGUUACAGGAGAAGUUGGUUAAAUUUUUGACAGCUCAGGAGGAAUGGAAGAGGUCCAGAGGAAGAGAUCAUAUAAUUCUCGCGCACCAUCCUAAUAGCCUUUUAGAUGCAAGGACAAAGCUCUGGCCUGCAAUUUUUAUUCUUGCAGAUUUUGGAAGGUAUCCCCUGACCAUUGCUAAUGUUGAGAAAGAUGUGAUCGCACCCUACAGGCAUGUUGUUGAAAGUUAUGUAGACGACCAGUCUGAUUUUGAUAAUCGUCCGACUUUGCUCUAUUUCCAGGGAGCCAUAUAUAGAAAAGAUGGUGGAAUAAUUCGGCAAGAGUUAUUCUAUAUGCUAAAAGAUGAAAAAGACGUGCACUUCUCAUUUGGAAGCAUCCAAAAAGAUGGUAUCAGUCAAGCUACACUGGGUAUGCGGUCGUCCAAAUUCUGCCUCAACAUAGCAGGCGAUACUCCCUCAUCGAACCGUAUGUUUGAUGCUAUAUCUAGCCACUGUAUACCUGUUAUCAUUAGUGAUGAAAUCGAGCUUCCUUUUGAAGAUGUUCUCGACUAUUCUGAAUUCUGCAUAUUUGUUCGUACGACGGAUGCCCUUAAAGAAAAUUUUCUCAUAAACCUUAUGAGGAACAUUGGCAAAAAGGAAUGGACCAGGAUGUGGAGAAGACUAAAAGAAGUCAAAAAUUAUUUUGAGUAUCAGUAUCCAUCAAAGGAGAAUGAUGCUGUUCAGAUGAUAUGGCAGGCUGUUGCCCGGAAGGUUCCUUCUAUAAAAAUGAAGCUUCAUAAAGCCAGCCGAUUUCCUCAAACGAAUAUCUCUACAGAAAGAGUGCCUUUCUCAGCUUCUCUGCCUCGGAAUUUUUGGUGA